ACAACAUAUGCCAAAAAGAAAUUUGCCCCUUUCCAAGCAGUACUUCGAACUGAACUAAUUCCAUUCUCCAUUUCUGUCGACACCCUAGGGUUUUUGGAUGAUUUUUUCCUAAAUUGAUCCUUGGUUAUUCGAAAAUCGGCAAUGGGAGCUAGCAGGAAGUUACAGGGCGAGAUCGAUCGGGUUCUGAAGAAGGUUCAAGAAGGUGUCGACGUGUUCGACAGCAUUUGGAACAAGGUUUAUGAUACAGACAAUGCGAAUCAGAAGGAAAAAUUCGAGGCCGACUUGAAAAAGGAGAUUAAAAAGUUGCAGAGGUAUAGAGACCAGAUCAAGACAUGGAUACAGUCCAGCGAGAUCAAGGAUAAGAAGGUUAGUGCCUCUUAUGAGCAGGCUCUGAUGGAUGCUCGAAAGCAAAUUGAGCGUGAAAUGGAACGAUUUAAGAUAUGUGAAAAAGAAACAAAAACAAAAGCAUUCUCAAAAGAAGGUCUUGGCCAACAACCUAAGACGGAUCCAAAGGAAAAAGCUAAAUCAGAGACGAGAGAUUGGUUGAAUAACGUGGUCAGUGAGCUGGAAAAUCAAAUUGAUAAUUUUGAAGCUGAAAUAGAAGGACUUACGGUUAAGAAAGGGAAGACAAGGCCAGCGAGACUGACGCAUCUGGAGGAAUCCAUCACUCGGCAUAAGGCUCAUAUUAUGAAGCUGGAAUUAAUUCUAAGGCUCUUGGAUAAUGAUGAAUUGAGUCCAGAGGAAGUCAAUGACGUGAAGGAUUUCUUGGAUGACUAUGUUGAAAGAAAUCAGGAAGACUUUGACGAGUUUAGUGAUGUUGAUGAGCUUUACAGUUCCUUACCUCUAGACAAGGUGGAGUCUCUUGAAGAUCUAGUUACAGGUCCUCCUAGUCUUGUUAAGGGAGUUACUGCUUCCAGUGCAGUCAUAACUAUGAAAACUUCUCUGGCUGCAACACCUGUUCAAACUUCAGCAACAACCCCAGCUACCAUCCAACAGGUUACUUCCACCCUCGACCAGCUUGAUGAUACAGUUUUUCAGGAUGAUGCAGUUGCUAGAACCUCACCUUCUAAAGGUAGUGACCUCAGCUCUCCUGCACCACAAACACCACCGGCAGGUCUUGCAACUCCUGGCAUCACAAGUGUUGUCAGUGUGUCAUCUCCUGUGGCUGUGCCAAGUGCUACAAAAGAAGAGGAUAUUACGAAUUUCCCUGGUCGUAGAUCAUCUCCAGCACUUGCUGAAACUGGAUUAAGGGCUCUUGGCAGAGGUGGGUUGCCUGGUCAACCAGCUUCUAACAUCCUUCCUAGUUCUGGCAACACAAUUUCCAGCAAUGGAGCCCUUGGUGCCGUUCCCUUGUUAUCUGAAAUGGGGAAAAGAAAUAUCUUGGGGUCUGAUGAUCGACCUGGGAGUAGUGACAUGGUGCAGGCUCUUGCAUCUCCUUUAAGUAAUCGCGCAGUUAUGCCCCAAACUGCAAAAUCAAGUGAUGGGCUUGGAUCAUCUGAUCCCGGAAGUGUUAAUGAUUCUGCAGUUGGGGGCAGCAGAGUUUUCAGUUCUCCUGUUGUUCCUGGUAUGCAAUGGCGACCCGGAAAUUCCUUCCAAAACCAGAACGAACCAGGCCAGUUUCGUGGAAGAACUGAGAUUGCACCUGAUCAAAGGGAGAAGUAUAUACAACGAUUUCAGCAGGUGCAGCUGCAUGGCCAGAAUAAUCUUCUGGGCAUGCCUUCUAUUUCUGGAGGAAAGCAGUACUCUGCACAACAGCAAAACAUUCUCUUACAACAGUUCAAUGCUCAAAGCUCAUCCAUCACACCUCAACUAGGGUUGGGGGCUGGGGUCCAGGCUUCAGGUAUUAACAGUGUAACAACAUCUGCUUCACUGCAGCCACAGCCAAGUGCAAUCCACCAACCUGCUAAUCAGCAGACAAUCAUAUCUUCAACACCUAAGGAUGCAGAAAAUGUCCUUAACAAAGCUGAGGAAAUGCAGCAGCAACAGUCCCUCGCGGAAGAUUCUUCUGCAGAUUCUGCUGUCAACUCUGGGCUAGGAAAAACUCUUGUUGCAGAGGAUGAACUGAAAUCUUACGCUUUAGAUGCUUCACAGGCUGCAGUUGCCUCUGGUUCUAUUGCUGAGCCUUCUCAAGUAAUACGGGAGAUAGAUCUAUCUCCAGGACAGCCUUUACAAUCAGCUUCAUCUUCUGGAAGUCUCGGUGUUAUUGGUCGAAGAAGUGUGUCUGACCUUGGUAUUAUUGGGGAUAAUAUUAGCGCAUCAACUCCAAAUUCUGGGGGAAUGCAUGAUCAGUCGUAUAAUUUGCAGAUGCUUGAGGCUGCUUAUUAUAGACUUCCUCAGCCCAAGGAUUCAGAACGUGCUAAGACCUAUACUCCAAGACAUCCUGCCGCAACUCCCCCGAGCUAUCCUCAAGUACAAGCCCCUAUUGUUAAUAAUCCUGCCUUUUGGGAACGUCUUGGUGCAGAUACUUAUGGCACUGAUACCCUGUUCUUUUCAUUUUACUACCAGCAGAAUACCUAUCAGCAAUACUUGGCUGCUAGGGAACUAAAAAAACAAUCUUGGAGAUACCACAGAAAAUACAACACAUGGUUCCAACGGCAUGAGGAGCCAAAAGUUGCUACAGAUGAUUUUGAACAGGGGACAUAUGUGUAUUUUGACUUCCAUAUUGCCAGUGAUGAACAACAUGGAUGGUGUCAAAGAAUUAAGACGGAGUUCACUUUCGAGUACAGUUAUCUAGAGGAUGAUUUAAUAAUAUAGAACCGGUUACCCGGAUAUCAUUUCGUACUGAGAGUAGCUCUCCGUUGAUGUUUUGUUCAGUUGAAAUGUAAAAAUAGAAUAUGCCAAUCUGCAGUUAGAAUAUGUAUCUGGUGCUGAGCCGCGUGCAGAAUACACAAAAGUUGGACUCUGUUGUCAUGAACGUGGUACAAAUGAAAUUAGAAAUUGUUCCCGAUUUAAUGAUAAAAAUGAUUUUGAUGUUCA